UACUUCUUAAAUGCACAAUCAAUGUUCACUUCGUCUUCAAUAAUUCAUACUAUCGACAAGUAGAUGGAAUAGCUAUGGGUUCACCACUAGGCCCAAUAUUAGCUGACUUCUUUCUCGCAAAACUUGAAAACGGGAAAUUGAAGGAUACCAUCAAGGAGUUGGAUAUGUAUUACCGAUAUGUCGAUGAUACAUUUAUCUUAGCUGAUGAGAAGGUUAACAUAGACGAGUUGUUACUUAAAUUCAACAACAUCCACCCUUCGCUUGCCUUUACUUGUGAAGAGGAGCAGGAGAAUAAACUACAUUUCCUGGAUGUCUUGCUAAGUAGGAGAGAAGAUGGGUCACUUGGGAGAAGUGUGUACAGAAAAAGCACAUUCACAGGGCAGUACACACACUGAUUUUAAAAGAGACAUUUAUUAUUAUUAAUAUUUUAAAAGAAUGGAUACUGAACAAAGAGUACUCUUUUCGAUAACCCACUCUUCUUUAUCAGGCUCUACAGU